CGAAAAUUCCGCGUUUUCAAAGGCACAAAAAUUGAACAAAACCCUCCCCAAAAAAAGCAAGAGCUAAGCAAGAAAUACCUGAUCGCAAACCCUAGACGCCACGCCAAAUCCCCGAGAAACGGGUUUGCGGAUCACCAAAAUGGAGUCUCUCUGAUUCACAUGCGCAUAGUAUAUACUCACAUUUCUAUAUUUCUCUUGAUUCUUCUGAGACGAAUCAGGGCAACAUGUCAUGCUAUUAUGCAUCCUGGUGAAAAUUUCACAAUUUUUGCCACGACCUAGCAAGAUUGGAAUUUCAUCCAAAAUACAGCUGCUUAUAUCCAAACCGUGCUUUAUCCUUUGAUUUGCUCGGAUUCACUUGGAGGGUUUAUAUAAUUUCAUCAUGGCUGCCACUGCCGCUACUUCUGCAUUAUUCUCCGUUGCUUCUCCAUCACCUGGCCCUAGUGCUAAGACAUCUGGCAAGCUUGGAGGCAUGCCAGCAAGUGUAGACACACGAGGGAUUAAAUCAAAAUCCUCCUCUGCUUCUUCUGGGGGUUUACAGGUUAGGGCCAAUGCUCAAGCUCCUCCAAAGGUGAAUGGGACCAAAGUUGGUGUGAUGGAAGGCCUGAAGAGUGAGGACGAGAUGACAUCAUCACCUCCCCCAAGGACUUUUAUCAACCAAUUGCCUGAUUGGAGCAUGCUUCUAGCUGCCAUAACGACAGUUUUCUUGGCAGCAGAGAAGCAAUGGAUGAUGCUUGAUUGGAAGCCAAAGAGGCCUGACAUGCUUAUUGACCCAUUCGGUUUGGGAAGAAUUGUUCAGGAUGGUUUGGUUUUCCGACAAAACUUCUCUAUUAGAUCGUAUGAAAUAGGGGCUGAUCGUACUGCAUCUAUAGAGACUGUAAUGAAUCAUUUGCAGGAAACGGCCCUUAACCAUGUAAAGUCUGCGGGCCUUCUAGGUGAUGGCUUUGGUUCUACUCCAGAGAUGUGCAAACGGAACCUGAUAUGGGUAGUAACCAAAAUGCAUCUUGUGGUAGAUCGCUAUCCUACUUGGGGAGAUGUAGUUCAAGUAGACACUUGGGUAGCUGCAUCUGGAAAGAAUGGUAUGCGCCGUGAUUGGCUUCUCCGUGACUGUAAAACAGGCGACAUUUUAACGAGAGCUUCCAGUUUAUGGGUGAUGAUGAAUAAAGAGACGAGGAAGUUAUCUAAGAUUCCAGAUGAAGUUCGAGCAGAAAUAGGAAUUUAUUUUGUGGAUUCGCCUCCUGUUGUGGAUGAAGAUGGAAGGAAAUUACCAAAACUUGAUGACAAGACAGCAGAUUCUAUUCGUACCGGGUUGACUGUAAGUCAAUGGCUUUUUGCUUGUGAAAGUAGUUAGCCUUUUUGUGUACCAUAACUGUUUUACUACUUGGAUUUUAUAUCCUAUGAUGUUGAGGUAUUGCAAAUUUUCAGCCAAGAUGGAGUGAUUUAGAUGUCAACCAGCAUGUUAACAAUGUGAAAUAUAUUAACUGGAUCCUCGAGAGUGCUCCCCUGCCAAUCUUGGAGAGUCAUGAGCUUGCGAGCAUGACCUUGGAGUACAGGAGGGAGUGCAGGAGGGACAGUGUUGUGCAGUCCCUUUCUUCUGUGUUGAGCAAGGGUAUCGGUGACCUGGCUGAUUCGGGUUUUGUCGAAUGCCAGCAUUUGCUUCGACUCGAGGGUGGGGCUGAGGUUGUGAAGGGCAGGACUGGGUGGAGGCCCAAAUAUGCAAACAGGAUUGGGAGUUUUGGCCACCUUCCUGCAGAAAGCAACUAGUGCCUAUUUUUGACUGGGACUGCAUUAGUGUUGUUGCUGCGUGUCACAAUGCCUGUGCAGAAUCCUAGUGCUCUCGGAUUCAUAUAUGUUUUCCUCUUAUCUAUAUAUAUUGCUUAUCUAUAUUUUUGCCCUUUCUAAGACAGAAAAAGUUGUAUGCCCAUUGUAAGUAACCCCCCCCCCCCC